AUGUUGCUUCUCAAGUUUCCCUUCCUGGCAGCCAUGGCAAUACCCGUGGCUGCACUCCGCUGCAAAACCGAAGACACAGACAUGACGAGAAACCGCGACUGGGUGUUGGCAGGUUGUGGCCCUUGUCGCAUGUAUCCAGACGACCAUACUUGUUCCUUCAGAACCCACCCGGAGAUGCCCGAGGACGACACUGAUGAAUUUAAAUACGAUGAGGACAAUGAUGAAGGCUACAGAAGGCUUUGCGACGAAUGCCGCAGUCAAUAUGGCCCUAAAAGACCAGAAAAGGUCAUAACCAGCUCGAUUACACUGCUCAAACUGCCCAAGGAGAUGCCAAGCAUCACGAGUAUCAGAAUAACACAGACGAAGCCUCGUGUUGGAUGGUCAACUCUCCCAGGUCCCGAUGAUGGCACUACCUUUUCUUGGUUUACGAAAACAACAACGCAUACCGAGACCGAGACCGAGACCACGACUAAAACGGCAUCCAUUACUAUAAGUCUGAGAAAGAGUACAGCAACAUCGAUGGGUCUGCAUGAAAGUACAGCAACGUCGAUGGGUAUGAGUGAGAGUUCAGCAACAUCGGACCCAGAAGAGACCGACACUCCACCACCGUCAAAGAAGAAUCGCUCCACUGGCGGUCAAAUAGCCGGUAUCGUGAUAGGGGUUAUAAGUUCCAUCUUAUUUACCGCUCUUAUUGCUUGGAAAUACCUUCAACGCCUCCGUCAGCCUCAGCCUGAUCAGGGCCCUGAGGACCAAAGAGGUCAUGCUGGUGCCGUUGGGGGCAGCUCCUUCGACGAUUCAGACUCAGGGUCCGACAGACCCCGGGCCAGAGCAUUGGCAGGUGUCAUCAUGGGUUGGUUCAACAGGAACCGGUUUCGAUUUCCAAUAGACGAGCCUGAAGAACCGGGUCCCCAGGUUCUAGAGGAACGUGUGCCCAGUCCGGGUUCUCCUCCUCCUAUUCCUGUGCAACCAGGUCAAGCUCCCGCUGACGUAGAACAUGCAUACAGCCCACGUACUCCUCCCGCUAUUCCUGAACAUCAAGUCUGGACCCCUUCAGCUCAAGUGCCAGCUCAAGAUCCAGCUCAAGAUCGGACUACUUCGAGUAUCUACAGCCAGGACAGCGGGUAUCCAAAUUCGCUCGAAAUACCCAGGCCACUCUCAAUUCACAGAUCCUAUCGUAGACAAGAAGAACAUACGCUGCUUCAUGGACGGAGGACAAAUGGAGAGCCGGUGCAAACCAGAAAUUAUGGCUGGAUUUAAUCUUGGGAUUGUGCUUUGGAUGGAACAGAAUGGAAGAUAGUUUUGGUUACAUUUGUAUAAUUGGUUACAUGGGUAUAGUUGAAUCAGCGUG